AUGCCAUCCACAGCGGGGCCAGGGCCCCCCCUGCCACCCCAGCUGCUGGAGGAGGCCCUGCAGGUCUGUGAGCAGCACCUGGGCAGUCUGGGGCACCAGGACAUCGAUGGGGACCCCCUGUCCCUCUGCAUGAUGGGCACUGACUGGGACCGCUUCCUGCGGGACUACUACCGCGUGGCACACGUGGCCCUCAAGUCGGAGAUCAAGAAGCUGAUCUACACGCACGUGGGCAUCUGGCUGCUGCUGCUGGCCCAGAUGUGCGUGGGGCACCUCAAGCUGCUGCCCCACGACCAGGUGGCCAUGCCCUACCAGUGGGAGUACCCCUACCUGCUCAGCAUCCUGCCCUCCCUCCUGGGCCUCCUCUCCUUCCCCCGCAACAACAUCAGCUACCUGGUGCUCUCCAUGAUCAGCACCGGCCUCUUCUCCGUGGCUCCCCUCAUCUACGGGGCCAUGGAGAUGUUCCCCAUGGCGCAGCAGCUCUACCGUCACGGCAAAGCUUACCGCUUCAUCUUCGGCUUCUCGGCCGUCUCCGUCAUGUACCUGGUGGUGGUGGUGGCCGCCCAGGUGCACGGCUGGCAGCUCUACUACAGCAAGAAGCUGCUGGACUCCUGGUUCACCAGCACGCAGGAGAAGAAGAAGAAAUGAGCGGGGACGGGGUGGGCUCUGUGAGGGCCGGAGCUCCACAGCCGGGCCCCGUGGGGCGGCGCUGGCGCAGCUCCGGUGGG